AUGGAAGUUGCUUAUGGGCAUUACCAGAAUAUCCUAUUUGAUAAAUUGAUUUUCUAUUUAGUUUAUAAGAUUGGUGGAAAUUAUGAAUGCAUUGUAGAUAUAACCUACUCUAUAAGUCAUUUAGUCGCAGGAACACUAUGUUGUAUUUUCUCCACUAUCAACUUCAGCAAGGGUUGA